CACGACGAAUAUGAAGAAAAUAUUGUUGGUGGUUAACGCUGAUGAUUUCGGCUACAGCGACGAGAGAGACACUGGGAUCGUGGAGUGUUAUCGGAACGGUUAUAUCAGUAGCGUAUCGCUAUUGGUUAAUGGCGUCCAUGCUGAGGGUGCGGUCAAACUAGCCAAACGAUACAACAUCGCAUCAGGUCUGCACGUGAACCUGACGGAAGGCCAUGCCAUAGGGCAGGGGUACACCACACUGACUCGGAACGGAUGUCUCCUAGGAAAAUUCGGUUUCCGGAAGGCAGUCAAGGAGAGGACGCUUGACAUCGCAGAGGUUCGGCGUGAGAUCCAGGUUCAGAUAGAUAGGUACCGGGAGCUGACGGGAGAAAUACCCUACCAUGCAGACGGACACCAGCAUAUACAUGUGAUACCCGGUGUCGCGGAGACAUUCGCGGCAGUUUUAAGUGAGAACGGCGUGAAAGUAACCCGUCUACCAAAGGAAAGUGGCGUGGUCGCAGAGGUCUGGGCCACGCCCGAACAGGCCGAAUUCAUGAAAGAGGUUGUAAUUCAUGCCGAAUCUGCCAGCAAGGUGUUCACCACACACAAAUUGUGGAGUUGUGAUGACUUUAUAGGUUUGAGAACCAUGGGUUCCAAUAUGACAAUCGACAAGGUGACAUCAUGUCUUUCUGAAGUAUAUGACGUCACAGAAUGUGUAUGUUCGAAGGAUCAAGUGAUAACAUGUGAAUGGAUGGUACAUCCUGGUCACGUGACAUCUGGUGCAGGUGGCUGUGGAGAAGGCCCGGAUUGUUUUUCCAGAUCACAUGAUCGGCAGCAUGAAAUGGACAUUCUCUCCCAGAAAACUUUAUCUGAUAUUUAUCGGGCGAUGAACAUUACAAUGUCUAAUUUCCGGGACGUUUUCACUACAAUAAAAGCGGUAUAACCGAAAAUAUGACUCAUAAAUUUAUCGUGAUUUAACUUGGUGGGAAGGUCAUGGUGAACCAUUGAGAUGAUCGUCUGUUCACCACUGUUUUUAAGGUCAUGGUGAACCAUUGAGAUGAUCGUCUGUUCACCACUGUUUUUAAGGUCAUGGUGAACCAUUGAGAUGACCG